AUGGCACGCACCUCAGGAGGCCGCCUCGCAGCCGCCGUGUCCAACGCAGGCGGGCUGGGGGUGAUCGGCGGCUUCAUGUACACGCCCGAGCAGCUCCGCGAGAUCAUCGCCGAGAUGAAGGCCAACUGGGCCUCGGCCGACCUGCCCUUUGGCGUGGACCUGGCCCUGCCCCAGGUGGGCGGGUCCGCGCGCGCCACCAACCACGACUACACGGGCGGGCGCCUCGACGAGCUGGUCGACAUCACCAUCGAGAGCGGCGCGCGCCUCUUUGUCAGCGCCGUCGGGGUCCCGCCGCGCGCCGUCGUCGAGAGGCUGCACGCCGCCGGCAUCUACGUCAUGAACAUGGUCGGCCACCCGCGGCACGCCGUCAAGGCGCUCGACGUCGGCGUCGACAUCCUCUGCGCCCAGGGCGGCGAGGGCGGCGGCCACACGGGCGCCAUCGCCAGCAGCGUGCUCAUCCCGGCCGUCGUGGACGUGGCGCGCCGGUAUCGCCCUGCGAUGCUGGGCGGGUCGCAGACGGCGCUGGUGGUGGCGGCGGGCGGCAUUGCGGACGGGCGCGGCCUGGCGGCGGCGCUGAUGCAGGGGGCUGUCGGCGCGUGGGUCGGCACGCGGUUUGUGGCCAGUGUCGAGGCCGGCUGCAGCGAGGAGCACAAGAAGGAGGUCGUCAGCUGUGACUUUGACGGCACGGACCGGACGCUGGUGCUCUCGGGCAGGCCGCUGCGCAUGAAGGUGAAUGAGUACAUCCGGCGCUGGCACGAGAAGCCCGACCGCAUCAGGGAGCUGUGCGACCGCGGCGUGGUGCCUAUUGAGUAUGAUAUCGAGGAGGGUAAUGAUGUGGACCUGCCGCACCUGAUGGGCCAGGUCGCCGGGAGCAUACAAAAGGUGCAGCCGGCUGGGGAGAUUGUGGCCGACAUGGUGAAGGAGGCCGAGGGCAUGUUGAAGCUGGCUGGGCAGUAUCUGGGGGAGGGAGGGGGCAAGAAGAGUAGGUUGUGA